GUUUUGGCGGCCAGCAGGCGGGCCGUUGCCCCUGGUUACCGCCCGGGCCUCCGCGUUCCUUUCGGGCCGGCGCUCGUGCGCUGCGCGGAGAGUCCCUUGGCCUUCUUUGCGAAAAAGGCCUCGCGACCGAGGAGCCCUGGGCGUGGCGUGGCGUGCGCCCGCCGCGGCUCUAGGAAGAGGGCAGGAUUUCUAACACAGCUCCUGCAAAGGGAGUAUAAUUGCAUUCUCUCAUGGAAUACUUAGCAGUAACAAAAGAGAUCUGAGAUGCACCCAUGUUCCUGUUUAGUUACGUUUUCUCCCAUAUUUGCCUGCUGCUUUGCUGUUUUCUUCCCGAGUGGCCCAUUUGUUUGAAUCCAGAUGGAAAAGUAUGAAAUCCUUGGGCUUGUGGGAGAAGGAAGCUAUGGAAUGGUGAUGAAGUGCAGGAACAAGGAAACUGGUCGGGUGGUUGCCAUCAAGAAAUUUUUGGAAAGUGAGGAUGAUAAGAUGGUUAAAAAAAUUGCCAUGAGGGAGAUCAAACUUCUCAAGCAAUUAAGGCAUGAAAAUCUGGUGAACCUUCUGGAAGUCUGUAAAAAGAAAAAACGCUGGUAUCUGGUGUUUGAAUUUGUAGAUCACACAGUCCUUGAUGAUCUUGAGAUGUUUCCAAAUGGCCUGGAUUAUAACAAAGUUAGAAAAUACUUGUAUCAGAUUAUAAAAGGAAUAGGCUUUUGUCAUAGUCACAAUAUUAUACACAGAGAUAUUAAACCAGAGAAUAUAUUGGUGUCCUGUUCCGGAAUCAUCAAACUCUGUGACUUUGGGUUUGCUCGAACGCUGGCUGCUCCAGGGGAAGCUUACACAGAUUAUGUGGCAACACGGUGGUAUCGAGCGCCUGAGCUGUUGGUUGGAGAUAUCAAAUAUGGCAAAGCUGUUGACGUGUGGGCCAUUGGGUGCCUGGUAACAGAAAUGCUCACGGGAGAGCCCCUUUUCCCUGGAGACUCUGAUAUUGACCAGUUGUACCAUAUUAUGAAAAGUUUGGGAAACUUAAUUCCGAGGCACCAAGAAUUGUUCUAUAAAAAUCCUCUCUUUGCUGGAGUGAGGUUGCCUGAAGUCAAGGAGCUCGACCCUCUUGAAAAACGAUAUUCUAAGCUCUCUGUCACAAUCAUAGAAUUUGCUAAGCGAUGUCUGCAGACUGAUCCGGAUAAAAGACCAUCUUGUUCUGAGCUCCUGCAAAGUGACCUGUUUAAUAAAGAUUGUUUUGCUGAAAGGUUUGCUCAGGAACUUAAAGCAAAGAUUCAGAAGGAAAGAGAUCAUCCUUUGUCCAAGAAAUCAAAAAUAAGCAGAAAAGAUAAAGAUGAUUCUGGUGAUGAAAGAAAAAUGCUUGUAAUCCAGGAGUUCAACAUGGAUUCAAAGAUCAGAGACUCCAAGCUGUUCAGAACAAAAUUGUCCAAGGCUGAGUUAGAGAAACCAGACAGAUGUUCAAACACAAGUUUUCUAUAUGAGAACGGAACUGGACAAGUCAAAGCAAUUCCUCAAGCAACCUUGAAAGAUUCAAGUAGCAGCCUGGAUUACGUAAAGAAUUCUAGCAUGGUGAUUCCUCCUAUUGCACAAAAUUCUUCCAUCAUGCCAACAGGCAUCAGUGGAACCCCUGGCGUAGGGGUAAAAUUGGGCACUCAUAAUUACAGGAUUGAUGAAAAGACAAAAAUAUACUUCAGUCCUUUCAUAAAGCAAGGCAGAAAAUCUCCAGCAGGACAUUAUAGUGUGAACUUGGCAGCAUCGGUCUCAAAUGAAAACAGUGUCCUUCAGAUGAAUAAGAAAAGAUGGGAGUUUUCCAAAACGGAUGUGCGUUUGCCAGAGCUGAACUAUAGCCAUCUCCCUGAACUGAAAGGCUUGGAUGCUCGGAGUUCCAGGUUCCUGAAGAAAGAAAACAAAAUUGUUUUGGAGUCUCGUAUGCCAUCUCUUGCCGCAAUAGAUAUACAAAACCCAAGUCUAGCACUGCACCAGGUAUCUGGAACCUCCUUGCAAGAUACAUCAGAAGCCACUUUCCCCAGAGUAGAACAUUAGCUACAUGUAGGACUAAAAAUUCAUGUCACCUAGUUCUGUAGCAUUUCUGCACCCUGUUACCCUUUGAAAGUUUGGGGACUGUUUUUGUGGCUGUACUCAGUGGCCGGGUGGGGGCAGAUGUUUUCGCUGUGUUCUGGUGGUAAUGACAGUAAAAAGGAAAAAUGUGUUUUCCAGUUAUUUUGUGGAUGCUAAGGUGCUACGGUUGCAGCUCCCUUUGUAGCAUCAUGCAUACCUAUAUAAUACCAUCUCAGAUUAGUUCAGUUUGCCUAGGGGAUUUAGAUUCAUGAAAUGCAUUAGCAAGGUGGUGGGAAGGAAAGAAUUUCCUACAAGUGAAGAUACCAGUUGUUCAUUAGUUUACCAGUGCUAGCUGACAUCUGCGAUGGUCAUGACAGAUUUCCUCUACACAGUUGUCCUUGGGCCUCAUGUGAAGCCAAAAUAAGAUGUGAAUACAGCAAUGCUGCUAGAUUGUGAGACUGUACUUGCAAUCUUUUGUAGCUAUGUGUACAUCUUUUUGGCAUUUGAGUCUAUGCUGCUGAAUUUUAGCUGUGCAAUCACAGGUGUCCAUCCAGAGAAGACCGCACAGAUAAAAUUCAGCAGCACCAACAGAUGCAUAGACUGGCCUUUGCAGUCCAUUCUUCCUCCUCUCAUACAUAGUCCAUAGUUUUAAUAUAAUCAAAAUUUCAUGGUGCUGAUUUUUAACAUUGUGACAGCUUUUUGUAAAUAGAAAUAAAUCCCAUAUAGCUGUCCUCCUCGCACCUUAUCCAAAAAUCUGAAUUUAUUGUUGUAUUUUCUAAAGAAUCUUUUUUAUAACAAACCCCAUCGAAGCUAUUAGAAGAGUCUGUCUGUAAAUACCUGUGUUGUGAGCUUUUCACCUUAGUAAUGCAAUAUUUUCAGCACAUUUUAAAGUGUUUUGAACAUUCAGUUUUGUGACAUUAUAAGGCAUCAUGUACACUGAUUACAUUUUAAUAUAACUACUACAGUAAUGGUAGUUAACCAGUAGCUUUUCACAUCAUAGUGUAUUAUAGCUGUACUAUACCAUAGAUGUAAAUCAGUUCAAUAAUGAUUGGUUCUUCCCAAGGAAUCUGGGGCACUGUGCAGUGUUUCCAAUGUGCAUUAGAAGCGACAUUCCCUGGAUUCUUUGUUGGAAGCCAUGAGAAUUAAACUAUAAGACAAAUACAUGUUUGUAUCCUAUAUCAUUUGUUCCCAAACUUGGGGAUAUUCCCUCUCUCGGGCAUGAAGAAAUUCCAAGGAGAGGGGAAUACUUUUUUUUUAUCAUCUUAUACAAAUUUUUGUGGUAAAUAUUAUUCUUAUUCUAGAAUGCUGGAUUUCUCAAGAAAAAUGUUUGUGUUUGCUUUUAAUUUAGAAUAUUUUACAUUGACAUGUUUAUUUUUAAUUUAAAAUUAUGAUUUGAAUUUUUAUUAAAUGGGGGUUGAAUGAUGGUAAAAGGCGGAUGGAGAGGUGAUUUAAUUAUAUCCUUUGUGUUCCUGGCUGUAAUUGGUCCUACUUUUUUAAAGAAACAAGUGUCUGAUUCUGAUUUCUGUGCUGAACUGUACAGUAAUAAGGCAGUUUUCACCUUUUGAACCUAAAUCUUCUUAACUGGUAAAGUAAGUGUGAGUUUUACUUUGAGGGCAUAACUGACAUUCGUAUGAUGCUUCAUAGAUUUGUAUUUUUCACACCACUCCUAAAGGUGAUAUAUUGGAAUAGGAAACUUAUACUGUACUUUGUCCUCAGUAUUACAAUGAUGAGAGUGUUCCCUUUGUAGCCUGAGUGCUCUUCAAAGUGAUUGUUAUAGCAAGGAUAUUCUGAAGGAAUAUAGGUCAGUAUUACACAUCUAGGUAUGGUGGCAUAAUUGCUAUGAAUAAUUGCCCCAUCCCUUAAUUGGCAUUUGCAGGUGCAGUUGAAACAUAUGUGAAUGAGACUUGGGUUAAAUGACUGAAAAACUCACAUUUUCACAUAUAUCCCUUUGUUCACAUUCCUGCCACAUUAUUUGCCUUUUCAGCAUCAGAGUCUUUGUUGACUAUUGCACUUUUCCCCUUGAAUACUAUAUGACUGUGUCAAUAGCAUUUUGUUUUAUGAGGUAAAUUAACACCCCCACCCCUUCUGCAGGACAUUUUGCAUCUUGAAGGCCUUCUUGUCUUCUUCAAAGCAGCAUAUAAUUUUUGAUUGCUAUGUUGAAUGUGACAGCCAGUCUUUAAUAAAGUAUGUUAAGGUUUAUUUAUGAUUAUGUAUUGUAAGGAUGGAACCCAAGUUGUUAAUUUAGUUGGAGUCCAUGCUUGUUGACCAGAAUUACUCUACCAAAAUAAAGGAAUAUUUAGCUGUUUAUCAA